UGGUUCAACCACUCCCGCUAGCUUAAAUUGCUCAUGUCACUCGCUACCUGAUCACUUGGAUCCAUAUCCAUCCAUCCAUCCAUAUAUAACUCUGCACUCGCCGUCCACUCCACUGGCACGGCCACACGUACACACACACACACACUCACUCGGCUCGGGGAACCUGCCCUGACUUGCGGCCAGCGAUCGGCCGAUAUCGAUGCCGCCACCGGCGCCAUCCCAUGAGGACGAGCAGGAGCAGCCGUCGUCCUGGCGGGUCUCCGGCUCCGGGCGCGAGCGCGAGCAGUACGCGUUGCGGCGGUCGCAGUUCGUGCGGAGCUACCGGCUCAUCUCCCCCGCCACGCUUGGCCGUGGGGAUGUCGGAGAGGGAAUGAUGCGCGUGUGGGUGCGGAAGGCCCGCGUGGCCGGGAGGGGAGCGGAGGCCCGGGCGCGCGGCGCGGUGGCGUGGUGGCUGGGCAGGGCGUCCACGGGCCUGCUCGGCUGCUUCGGCGCAUCCUCCGCCGCCGCCCGCAAGUACUACUACCUCCAGCACGGCUUCCCGUAGUCACAUAUUCGUGCUCCGUUCGUGCGUGAGAGCUUUAGCGCUACCUCUACAGAAUGUGUCGCUCUCCACUACAUGCCUACAUGGCUACAUGUACGCUGUCGUAUGUAAGCUAGUUGGUGUACCAAAUGAACGACCGGCCGAGACCGAGAGCUACCUAGCUUGGCAUGCCAUGAAUGUAGUGUACCGUACUGGCUAGCUAUACUAAUCAGGACUUGUACUAUCAUUGUCCAUUAUUUCCUAUUCCGUAUGCAUGCUCCAUCUGUGAAAGCACCGUCGAUUUGGUACUC